AUGAGCUACGUCCUCGACGAGGCUGCACGUUCGUUUUCUUCCCCUGGCAUCCUUCUAACCCCCUCCCCAGUCCUCAAAGCGUACAGUCUCAGCAGCCUCAACCCCUCACAAUGGGAGCAGGUCGAUCACGGACAAGGGCCGCUCGCGACGCUUGAGGGCGGAUCCGGCGAGGAGAUGGACCCAUUAGGCCUUCGCGGAAGGCUCAGUACUGUCGGCGAAAUGGAUCUAAAGACGCGCGCCGCAACGUCGUUGGCAUCCAAAACAUUCGACCCGAAAGUCUUCCUUUCGAUGCAGCACCCCGAUGCGUCGUACCAGGAUCUACGCCAUGGCAUUUCUCACCUUGAGCAGUCUAUCGAGUCGCGCUCAGAGGCCGUGCGCAUUCUCGUAGAGGACAACUUUGACCGCUUCGUCGCAGUCAAGGCGACUAGCGAUGUCGUGUACCGUGACAUGAGGGAAGGUUUCCUCGCCGAUGAUACAGAUCACGGGACGCGCGAGCUCCGCGAGAUCUUCAAGCUUGCGACGCACCGCGCCGACCAGGUUUUUCUCCCUGUCCUCGAGAACUCGGUGAAAGCGGCCAAGCUGCGGUCAACGCUUGGCGUGUUCGACAGGUCAAAAUUCCUCUUCAACCUCCCUGGCCAGCUACUCGAGUCCAUAAACGCUGGGAGGUACGAUCAGGCGCUUCGUGACUACAAGAAGGGGUUGCAUCUUCACUCGGCUAGGUCACAGCCUGGCGCUUUGAUCCCUGGUGUCCCAGCGCGCACCCCCGACCAGAUUGCUCGCCAGCGUCGCGUAUUUGACAAGGUGUGGGAUAGUGUGGAGAAUGUCAUGGUCGACAUGGCGAAGCGUCUGGACGCCAUGCUGAAGGAUCCGUCAAGAAGCGUCGAGGAACAGGAGAAGACUCUGGAAAUCCUGAUCGACAUCAAGGGCUCAGACGAGCCAGCAUGGAGUUACCUCGACUACCAGCACUCCCAGAUCCUCGACAACAUGAAGAGCAUGCUGGAUCGUACACACAAGGCUAUAAAGGCUGCACAGACAGCGGCAGAGGCCGAGCCAUCGUCGUCGUCACCACACACAGACCUUCUCCGGCGGCAGCUUGCUGUGCAAGAGUACACGCCAAAUGUGAUUCACCCCUCAGCAAACGAAACGGCAUGGAACGCAAUCCUAUCAAUGUGCUCACGACUGGGAGAAUACGUCGUGCGAUGCUUGCCUGGGUUCUGGAAGAUUGCCAGAGCUUGCAUGGACGGCAAGUAUCUGAAGCGUGACUCGAGUGGCACGCUGAAAGCCUCCUUGCGCCCCGCAACAUCCUGCCGGCAGAUGGCGUCGGACAUCCUCAAGACCUAUCUCUCCACACUAUCACAGUUCUUUACCCUGUCCGACAUUGCACUCGUGGCGCGGUCUAAGCCGACCACUACCAUUCCCGGCUUUGUACCCGCUGGAACUACCGUUCUCGCAGCGUGCUACUAUUCAGUCAAGAUUAUCGACGACGUCGCUGAUUGCGUGCUCGAGCUCACCGCAAUCGACGUAGGCAAGGAGGCUAGCCAGGGCGCCAAGGCGAUGCUUGACUCUUUACGGUGGAGGUUGGAGGAGGUUAUCGCUACUACGUGGGCGCGGGACGCCCGAACGCUGCAUCUCUUGGAUGCCCGUUCAAAAGGACCGGUCACUGAAAAGAUACGCGGCCAUGCUCCAUACCUCAAAGUCGUGGAGACAUUCCAAACUCGCAUCCUCAGAUCUGCUCGGCGCGUCGCGUCCGCUGGGACCGUGCGCGAUCAGGAUACGCCGCCUGUGCCGCAAAUGUUUCGCUUCAAAAUCCGUGAUUCGGUCGUUGAAACGGAGAGAUUGCUGCUCGAUGGGAUUCUGCAUAUGGCCAAGGAGCCUGAGAUUCCCCUGGAGGAUGUGAAUGGGCACGUCCUCACCGCUUCUGACAAGGAGAAGGCAGUGGAGACAAGUCUCCUCGACGGGCUGGCUGCCUUCCAUUCGAUGGCUGGAGAUCAUGUGCCAUCGCUAGCAAAGAAGCUGUGCGACGACAUCGGGUUGUCCGAGGCCGACGUGUCGUCGCUUUACACGGAUCUCGAGGGCGUGGACAAGCUCGUCUUUGACGAGUACAUCUCACGCUGGUCGUCGCGCCUCGUCGAACUGAUCCGCUCAGGCUUGAUCCGCACAAUCGACUGGUCAUCGGCGCCCACGCCCAAGGAGGUGCGCCCGUACAUGCACACGGUCGUGUUAUCGCUGGUGGAGGCGCACGCUCAGGUCUCGGGCGCGUCGCACAAGCUCGUCCAGCGUGUCAUUGAGACGUUGGUGGACUGCGUCGGCGACGCGACACUGGAUGCGUUCCGGCGCGUCGGACGUUUCGGCACGGGCGGCAUGUUGAUGGCGACGCUGGAGAUCGAGUUCCUCAACCAGAGCGUCACGUCGUUCCUCACGCCGCACGCCAAGGACGUGUUCAAGCAGGUCUACGACAUUAUAUCACAGCGGUAUCAGCGACACGCGGCGCCCGAGUCACUCAACCGCGACUUGGAGGCGAUGCGCAAGUUGCUGAGUGAAAGCCGGCGGGGGACAGGCGUGGAGACGCUGUGCUUCCGGCCGACAGCGAAGUAG